AGUUACAGAGGAGAGGGCUGCGGCAGGCCACGGGGCCCGCCGGCUGCACGCAGGGUCGAGGGGUCCGGGCGGCGCGCACCAGCUGAAGGAGGGCCGAGGGCCUUGGAGGCCGCGACGGUGCCUUUGGCGUCGGAAGGCCACAGCCCCGGGUCAGGAUGCGGCGAAGCCCCCGCCCGGGUUCUGCCGCGUCCCAGCACAAGCACACGCCCAACUUCUACAGCGACAACAGCAACAGCUCUGUGAGCGUCACCUCGGGGGACAGCUGCGGGCACCGGUCAGCUGGGCCGGGGCCCGGGGAGCCCGAGGGCAGACGAGCCCGGGGCUCGAGCUGCGGUGAGCCCGCCUUGAGCGCUGGAGUGCCCGGAGGAACCACAAGGGCUGGAAGCUCUCGGCAGAAGCCGGCGCCUCGGAGCCACAAUUGGCAGACCGCCUGUGGCGCGGCAACCGUGAGGGGCGGGGCCUCGGUCUCUGAGGAGCAGCUCGACCUUCUCCCGACUCUGGAUCUGAGGCAGGAGAUGCCUCCCCCGCACGUGUCCAAGAGCUUCCUGAGCCUACUCUUCCAGGUGCUGAGCAUGUUGUUAUCCCUGGUAGGAGAGGUGCUGGUCAGUGUGUACAGGGAGGUCUGUUCCAUCCGCUUCCUGCUCACGGCUGUGUCACUGCUGAGCUUCUUUCUGGCAGCACUCUGGUGGGGGCUCCUGUACCUCGCCCCUCCUUUGGAAAAUGAACCUAAGGAGAUGCUGACUCUAAGCGAAUACCACGAGCGCGUGCGCUCCCAGGGGCAGCAGCUGCAGAAGCUCCAGGCUGAACUGGUUAAACUCCACACGGAGAUGUCCAGCGUUCGCGCCGCCAACAGCGAGAGAGUGGCCCAACUCGUAUUCCAGAGGCUGAGUGAGGACUUUGUGCGGAAACCUGACUAUGCGCUGAGUUCUGUCGGAGCCUCCAUCGACCUAGAGAAGACAUCCCAGGACUAUGAGGAUGCGAACACUGCCUACUUCUGGAAUCGCUUCAGCUUCUGGAACUACGCGCGACCGCCCACGGUUAUCCUGGAGCCAGAUGUGUUCCCUGGAAACUGCUGGGCUUUUGAGGGUGACCAGGGCCAGGUGGUGAUCAGGUUGCCGGGUCGUGUGCAGCUGAGCGACAUCACUCUGCAGCAUCCACCGCCCACUGUGGCACACACCCGGGGAGCUAACAGCGCCCCCCGUGAUUUUGCAGUCUAUGGCCUCCAAGUUGAUGACGAAACUGAGAUCUUCUUGGGGAAAUUUACUUUCAACGUGGAGAAAUCUGAGAUUCAGACUUUCCACCUACAGAAUGAACCCCCAGCUGCCUUUCCCAAGGUGAAGAUCCAGAUUCUAAGCAACUGGGGCCACCCCCGUUUCACGUGCUUGUAUCGAGUCCGAGCCCAUGGUAUUCGAACCUCAGAGGGGGCAGGGGACAGUGCCACAGGGGACACCCAUUAAACGUGCUGAUUGUUGGAGUA